AGAAGCAGGUCUAUUAUAAUUUGUGUUCUUCAGUUGCGAGACACUUGUGAAAAAUCUGACUCCUCGUAACAGUCCUUCAGUCUUCUAUCAAGAUGCAGAGGUGGGCUGUGAUCUGUUGGGCUCUCCUGGCUCUGGUUGGUGCUGAUGAGUGUCCAGAUGGAGGGAGAUGUGAAGAUGGCCAAACCUGCUGCAACAACCCGGCCAGCGGCUUUGAGUGCUGCCCGUUUGAUCAGGCUGAGUGCUGUGGGGAUCAUAUACAUUGCUGUCCUAUGGGAACACUCUGCGAUAAUGCCACGUCCAGCUGUUUGAACUCUACUGGUUCCAUCCCCUGGGUGGAAAGAGCUUCUGCUGAGCAGCCCAGACUCUCGAAAUCCUUCAGGAUGAUCAAGGCGAACAUGGGGGAGGAAGAAGACAACAUCUGUCCUGAUCAGUCACGAUGCCCACCUGAGUAUUCCUGUCUAAGGGCUUUGACAAGGUUUGGCUGCUGUCCCCUAGCUCAGGGAGUCCCCUGCUCUGAUGGGAAACACUGCUGUCCUGAGAGCCACCAGUGCAGCGCAGACAGCCGCUCAUGCAUCAAAAAAGAGCUUGUGUCUACGGUUCUGUGCAGCGACGGAGUGUCAGAGUGUCCAGAUGAAACCACCUGCUGUGAAACCCCAGAAGGAAAGUGGGGGUGUUGUCCCAUGCCAAGGGCUGUGUGCUGCGAGGAUAAGACACACUGCUGUCCUGAAGGGAGUAUUUGUGAUGUCGAACACUCAAAAUGUAUUUCCUCAUCUACCAAAAAACAAACGCCAAUGUGGGCCAAACUUCCUGCCAGGAUUAGAGCUGACUGGGAGAACCAAAAGGGUGAACAAUCCACCGCAGAAACAGUUGUUGACAGUGGCUCAGAAAAAAACCCUGAAGUCCCUACAGUGAUUACAGUUCCUCCUUUAGAGAAGGAAGUAUCAUCUGUCACGAAGGCAGUUGCAGGCAAUGAUGUCCCAUGCGAUGAUACAACAGCCUGUCAAGAUAACACCACAUGCUGUAAAACCAAAGAGGGCGGCUGGGCUUGCUGUCCUUUGCCCGAGGCUGUAUGUUGUGAAGAUUUUAUUCACUGCUGUCCAAAAGGGAAGAAAUGUAACCUGGCUGCUCAGAAAUGUGAUGACGACACACGUUCUGUGCCGUGGUUCGAAAAGGUACCCGCGAUCCCCAGACAGGGCGCGAAGGUACCCGCGAUCCCCAGACUGGGCGCGAAGGUACCCGCGAUCCCCAGACUGGGUGGACAGGUGGGGAAUGUUACAUGUGACUCCACCACCAGUUGUCCUGAUGGCAGCACCUGCUGCAAGACCGCAACAGGAACCUGGGCUUGCUGUCCUUUGCCCGAGGCUGUAUGUUGUGAAGAUUUCAUUCACUGCUGUCCAAAAGGGAAGAAAUGUAACCUGGCUGCUCAGAAAUGUGAUGACGACACACGUUCUGUGCCGUGGUUCGAAAAGGUACCCGCGAUCCCCAGACUGGGUGGACAGGUGGGGAAUGUUACAUGUGACUCCACCAAGAGUUGUCCUGAUGGCAGCACCUGCUGCAAGACCGCAACAGGAACCUGGGCCUGCUGUCCUCUACCUCAGGCGGUCUGUUGUGAAGACCAUGAGCACUGCUGCCCUGCUGGCACCACCUGUGACCUGGCCACGCUUUCGUGUGCCGGCACCUUGGGCUCAACGCCCAUGAUGCAGAAGAUACCUGCGGUUGCCACGGCGGCACCCACUACAGUGGCCACUACAACCCAAAGUCAGGCAACAAGCACAGAGCAAACAGUGGAGCCCGAGAAACAGGAGGUGAUGAAAGCACAGGAGACAAAAGACGAGGAGGAGGAGAAUGAGGAAGAUGACGAGAAGGAAUGCAUUCAGUGUGACGCCGGCACCAGCUGCCCUCCAUCCACUACCUGCUGCUUUAUGACCUCGUCUCAAAAGUGGGGCUGUUGCCCGCUGCCAAAGGCGGUGUGCUGCGCUGACGGGAGCCACUGCUGUCCCAACGGCUACACAUGCAACGAGAGCGAGACCUCGUGUGUCAAAGGGGAAGUGGUGAUUCCCUGGUACACCAAGCUGCCAGCCACCUCCAGCAUCGAGGCUGAUCCCAGCUCUGUGCAGUGCAACGGCCAGCAUCAAUGUCCCCAACACACCACCUGCUGCCAGCUGUUGACGGGCGAGUGGGGCUGCUGCCCGCUGCAAAAUGCUGUGUGCUGCCCAGACAUGAAGCACUGCUGCCCACAGGGUUACACCUGUAACAUCGCCUCUAACUCCUGUCAGAAGGUCAUCAUGCUGCAGCUGGACACCCUCCCGCUAACACCGGUGUCUCUGCCCGAAAAUCAACCCCUGCUCGUUCCCUCAAAGCAAAGAGAUGUCCCGUGUGAUGAACAGUACAGCUGUCCAGAUAAGGAGACCUGCUGCAGGACCUCUCCUACUACAUGGGGCUGCUGUCCAUCUCCUAAUGCGGUGUGCUGCGCAGACACGAAGCACUGCUGUCCCAAGGGCUACACCUGCACCGACAGUGGAGACUGCACAAAGGACACCUUGCUCCCCUGGCACAACUGGCACGUGUUCCUCAGCAACAAAAAGAGAGCUCUAAUUUUGUGAAAACACCUCCCCUACACUGUCAUCUGUUUCUGCAUGCAACGCACUAAUUGAAAAUAAUGUCAAAGGGAUUUUAUGAUCAUUUUUAAAUGCUUUGUUCUAAGAGGAAAGUAGUAAAGGGAGAACUGUAACAUUGAAUUGCACUUUGGAGUUAUAAUGUUCUGCAACAACUACAUGCAACAAGAUCAGGGCAUUAAGACUUUAAUAACUAUUUUAAAAGUCAGAUCAUUGUUAUUACAAGCACAGUUACAAGCUACUUCAAACUCUACUCCAUCCAUAAAAAAAAACACUCCACAGGCAAUGUGAUUGUAUUCCCUGUCAAUCAACUUUAUCUUCUGCUUUAGCUACCAUGUGCUGUAAAGCACACUUCUCUAUCAAUAUUUACUCACAAUUGAAUCAGGGGUGUCCACUAAAAUCAGUGUUUUAAUUUUGUGCAUGUUGUUGCCACGGUGAGGCAAACAUAUAAAAAAAACAUGCUUGCUCUACAUUUUCCAUAAAACUAAUAAACAAGAUCUGAUGUGACAACAUUA